AUGAGUGCCGAGGAGGACGCCAAGUGGCUUCAGUGGGUGACACACCAGUUUGAAACCAUUGCGGGAGAAGACAGGGAAAUCAACCCUCAAGAGCUCAAAAGAGCCCUGAACGUGAAAGAGUCCUUCUUUGCCAAGAGAUUCUUCAUUCUGUUUGACUUGGAUGGAAGUGGCACCAUCACGCUUCAGGAGCUGCAGGAGGCGUGGACCCUGCUCAUCCACGGCAGCCCCACAGACAAACUCCAGUUCCUCUUCCAGGUGCAUGAUGUUGACGGGAGCGGCUCCAUCAACGUGGACGAGAUGCGCAUCGUGCUGCUAUCGUGCCUGCGUGAGAGCGCCAUCUCGCUGGCCGAGGAGAAGCUGGACCAGCUGACGCUGGCGCUCUUCAAGUUGGCGGACAAGGACUGAAGCGGCGCCAUCACCUUCGAUGAUCUUCGAGAUGAGCUGCAGCGCUUCCCCGGGGUCAUGGAGAACCUGACCAUCAGUGCUGCCCACUGGAUGACUCCUUCCGCUGCCGGGCCGCCCCGACACCGUACUCGCCAGCUGACCUCUGCCUAAUGGCACAACCACCACAGCCACCUGCCCUGCCUGCCCGCCUAUGUGGGCCUCCAUGCGCUGCUCUUUGCCCUGGCAGCUAGUGCGCACAGGGCCCUCGGCGCCAGUGUCAUGGUGGCCAAGGGCUGCGGCCAAUGCCUCAACUUUGACUGCAGCUUCAUCGCGGUGCUGAUGCUUAGGCGCUGCCUCACAUGGCUGCGGGCCACGUGGCUGGCUCAGGUCCUGCCGCCGCACCACAACCUCCAGUUCCACCAGCUUAUGGGCUACGUGGUGGUCGGGCUCUCCCUCAUCCACACCGUGGCCCACGUGGUGAGCUUCGCACUGCGGGCUCAGUCCAAGGCCAGCCCCCUCCAGUUUGGGGAACUGCUGCUCACCACGAGGCCUGGCAUUGGCCCGGCCCACGGCUCGGCCUCCCUGACCCGUGUGGCCCUGUUCCUACUGCUGCCUGGCAUGUCCGCCUGCUCCGGCCCCUGGGUCCGCAGGAGCGGCCACUUUGAGGUGUUCUAUUGGACCCACCUGUCCUACCUCCCAUGUCUGCACGGGCUCAACUUCUGGAAGUGGCUGAUGGUCCCUGGCGCUUUGUUCUUCCUGGAGAAGGCUGUCGGCCUGGCCGCAUCCCGCAUGGAGGCCCUGUACAUCGUGGAAGUCAAUCUCCUCCCUUCCAAGGUCACUCAUCUCCUCAUCAAGAAACCCCCUCUUUUCCACUACACGCCUGGCGACUACUUGUAUCUGAACAUCCACACCAUCUCGCGCCACGAGUGGCACCACUUCACUAUCAGCAGCGCUCCCGAGCAGAAAGACACCAUCUGGCUACACACCUGGUCCCAGGGCCAGUGGACAAACAGGCUGUAUGAGUCCUUCAAGAAAUCAGACCCAGAGGGCUGUGGUUCCGAGAGGCUCUCAAGGAGUUUGAAGAUGAGAAGGAGUCAGAGGAAGCUGCAGGUCUCCGAGGUGUCCUCUGAGAACCACCAGUUCUGUAACAUCAAGUGCUACAUUGAUGGCCCUUACGGGACCCCCAACCGCAGGAUCUUCGCCUCCGAGCAUGCUGUGCUCAUCGGGGCAGGUGUCGGCAUCACCCCCUUUGCUUCCAUCCUGCAGAGCAUCUUGUACAGGCACCAGAAGAGAACGCACAUCUGCCCCAACUGCCAGCCCUCCGGGAGGGAGGGUGUGCAGGAUGCUGACAUGAAGCUCCACAAGGGCUCCCCCAGAGAGACAUUCUGGGCCCUAAAGGCGGGCAUCUCGUUAAAGAACACGGAGCCUGAAAGUCAGGCAGCCGGGAUUCAGUUACAGCCAUGA